AUGGCUGACCUCGACGUCGCAAGCCACUACAAUCUACCCUCCGAGUUCCCCGAGGAAUGGCCCGCAUCUUUAGACGUGGAUGAUGAGCCAGAAGAACAGCCAGUUCAGCGAACAGACUCCCGCCCACGCAAGUCCCGAUACAUAGCUCUCGAACGCAGUACCAGUGAUUGGAGAAGCAACUUUGGUUCACGAAGAGGAAACGAGGGCAGAGAUAAUGCGCGGGAAGACGAGCCCGAUCCCUUGGGUACAACCGACAGCGUUCUCCGGAUUCUCAAGCAGCGAGGAGUGCCCUUGGAAGAAGAAGGAGGCAAAUCACGGUUCCUGCUGUCAUCGACAUCAUUCUCGCCCGCACUAUUCCUAUCGCAGGCGCAUCACUCAGCCUCUAUUGAAUCGCUGAUGGGCGGCCUGGACAACCUGUCGCAUUCCAUCGACCAGAAGUCGGCAUCGCUGAAAGUACUGGUGGAAGCCAACUUUGAGCGUUUCGUGCGUGCCAAGGCAACUAUCGAUAGCGUCUACACCGAGAUGAGGAACCAGGGCGUUGAUAAGGAUCCGCGCCUGAGUCCCCGCAGGUCAGGACAUUUCCGGAGCUAUUCAGGUCAGCAACGGAGCGUAUCUCCCGCCGCAGUGGUUCCCAAGAAGACCGCUCUUGUCAAGGAGAGUGAGUUUGGCAUGAAAGGUAUUAGGGGUCCUUUGGUUGAGGCAUCUGUCAAGGCCGAAGAGGUGUGGGGACCGGCUCUUGGUGGUCGAGAACGAGAGAAGGUACUGAAGUCGAUGGUGGAGUCUAUGGAGAAACACCGCGAUGUCUAUGAAAUUGGAAGCCACUUGUCCAAGUCCAUCCAGCAGCGUGAUUAUGAUGCUGUCUUUGAGCAGUAUACCAAAGCAAGGACACUCGCCAAUCAGGCUAAAAAUAUCGCAGAGCAGGCAUCCAGUUCCCGCCGGCAACUAGAUGACUCUGAAACACACACCAUUCUGGCCAUGGGCCGGAUGUGGAUGGACGUUGACCAACAAAUCCAUGAAUUUAAGCGUGAACUCUGGAGACGUCUUGCCGAUGCCCCCACCACAUCAACUACAAGCACCGCCUUAGGGCCUGUGGAAGAACACAUGGAGUUGAUUGGCGCCCUGUUGGAACUGGGUGUCGAGAAAAACCCUAUCUGGACAUGGCUUCAGAGUCGUUACGAAUUCUUGAAGACAAAAAUCACCGGAUUCUGUGAUCGGUGCAAGGUCGAAAUUGAAAUUUUAAGAAGAAGGCUUGCUGGCGGAGAGAGACCAACUCCACAGGCUACAGCAUCAUAUCUCCGCCUAGCACCUCGUGAUGGUGCGGUAGAAGUACCAGGGAGGCUUGACACGGAUCAAGUCAUUGAGUUGUGGGAAUGCAUACAAACGUUCCUAACCCGACUUCUGUCCUCGCAAAGUGGCUUGCUGGGCGAGGUGUUGGAUUUCUGGGAAGUCGCACAAUCAUUCAUUGAUGGCAACCGACAACGGCUUUUGCCUACCGGGUUUGAAGGGGAGAGUCGCAAACAUCACCUUCUUUCCGACGACAAUAUUAAGGAGUUAGAGAAGGGUAUUGCGGUGUUGGUCAAUAUUAUUCGAGAGAACGUCGUGGCCCUAUUCACGGAACCCCCAACCGAUGAUAUCUCCCUACUCUUCUCGCCAAUUCCGGCAAGUCCAUCAACCCCAGAGUCGAGAGGUAUUACCCCGACAGAAUCCCGCUUCAAGCUGGAUCCAAAAAACCUACCAUAUCCUCCCCCAAAGCUUGGAGAGCACUGGGAGGAUUUCGCAUUCUGGCCACCAUUUUCCAAUUCUCUCAGUGGAGUUUACUAUCUGAGUAAAUUCCUGAUCACUGUGGGCACUGCUGCGAGCGAAAUGGCAGCCCUAAGGCCGAUUGGCGGCUCUGGAAAAACGUAUGACCUCCUCAAGACCCUUGUCAGCAUUGCCCGGGAACGAUGUGCGCGUGUGGCGUGUGCUGCCUGGAGUAAAGAUGCAGAGAUCUGCAAAAUGUUGGAAGACUGGACACGCGAUUCAGAGAAGCGUGAUUUGACUAAGAUGCCCGGGUUCUUUGUGGCUUUUGAAAGUGCUAUCCUUGGGGGCAUGCAAAAGAUCCUUUACAUUUCAGAAGCUAUGGCAAAGCCAGGUUCCGUGGAUGUUGUCACUCAGCCGCCUGCGAAACUGCUUCAAAUGGUCCGCUCUCAGUUCGUAUCCAGUGUUUACAAAGCGUUAAGCGGCCUGGUCGAAAACGCAGAGCGCUUGACAACAGUAGAUGAAGAAAAUGAAUGGAUUAUUGCUCGACCGGCAAUGACAAGCCAAGCGACUGACGCUGCUUUGUCAGUUCUCUCGGCUGAUUCGGUCGAUUCUUGGAAUCGAAAUGUCCGAAUCCUUCUCACACUUUCAAAUCUCAAGGCUCUACAGGCCGACCAUGUCCCACAGCUUAUCUCGAACUUUGAGACGUCCUUCUCAGUGAAGCUGACGGAAGAGGCCAAGACCGUCCGGGACGUGCUGAGCCAGAUUGAAGACAGGCUAUUCCAAUCAUAUAUCACCCCGACUACUGCCUUAUUAAACAAAACAAUCACUACCGGCAUUGCAUCUCCAGAUUGGGAGCCGUCUGUUGACAGGCCGGAGCAAGUCCGCCCAUAUGUCUACAACGCCAUGCUGACCAUGGUGCUGGUCCACACAGAGAUCUCCACAACUAUUCCGUCCACUGUGUCACCAGGUGCUAGUCGCGCUCCGUCAAGUUCACCUUCCUCGCUGCUGGCCACUGUGUUAACGCAUCUCCUUUCUCAAAUUUCUUCGUCCCUGCUUGAUGCAUUCCGUGCUCGGCCUUCCUUCUCGCUCGCAGCUUUGAUGCAAGCUACCUUGGAUACGGAGUUCAUUGCACAGACACUUGGCCCAUACAUAACUGAGGAAGCAUCAAAUGUGCAAAGCCAGAUCUACGUCGAGCUAGAUGGCCGUACCACAAACGAAGCUCGCACAAAACUGAAGGCCGAACUAGGAGAAAUGCGAGUUAUCCUGAAACGGCUCAGAGAUAGGACGAAGGGCGAGUUUGCUUGUUUCAAAAAGCCGAGAAGCGGCGGAGGUGCAAGUGGUGGAGGGACCUCCAAGCCUUCCGCUGCGGCCGCAACAUAG